UGCAGGCGUGGGCUGGAAGUCCAGAGCACCGGUCAACAGUUUCCGGAAAGCCGAUCUACUUUGCACCACUCUUGAGUCCUAUGGUCCAAGUGUUGCUGGCCCAACCAGCAGGGGGUGCUCUCCAAUACUGCAGCUCUUACCCAGGCCAAGCCCUCUAGAAUGCCAAAGCCCUGAAGACGACAACUGUUGGAGUGUCCACCUUGCUCAGCUGCCCCAGGCCCUGCCAAUCAACAUGGCUGCUCGGAAGGGGAUUCUGCAUAGCCCUUCAUCUGAAAAUAGUCAGUGGCUUAGUGAACCCAAGCAAAGUGAGGGCUGCGAGCCAAUGCAGCUGGACAAAGCAAACUUCCCGGACUCCCAGGGUGCCAUCAGUAGGAGUGGCCAGGAUGAGACCAGUGUGGAGCUGGCACUGGUAACACCCCCAGGGAAGGUUAGAUUGGGAAAGUCAUUGGCCCAGAAGGUGUGCUGGAAACAGGAGCAGAGCACCUUCCUGGAGGUCUCUCAGCUCAAGAAAAGGCUACAGGGCAGACAAGCCAAAGAUAGGGAGCAUGGUGCCCUCACAGGCCAGCCUGACCCUCAACAGCUAACCCAGGACAUCCCCUGGAAACCAGCUGGCAGUAUAGUCUUCUCUGUGCGGCCCAGCAGAGCCCCACAGGAGCAGAGAAGUGCCUUCAGCAAGCCAGCCAGGUAUCUAUCAGGAAGACCUGGGUCAACCUCUCUUUUUCAGGCAAGCAGACCUGCAGAUGCCAUGGGGGAGCUGUUGGGACUCAUCAAGACUGGAGAUUUACCUUGUUGGGGUCAGCUUUCCAAUUCUAAGCUUUUUGUGGGUGAUUUCUGGAACCCGAAAAUGCUGCCACAGAACACUCAUCUCUGCAGUGCUUUACUGGGUUCCCCUACACUGUGGCUUAACCAUGCCAUGAACCAGAUACCCACACCCUUGUCAUCACCUUCCCCUGCCUCUUGGGCCCUCCUGCCACCCACGUUCCCUUCCCAAGGCUUAUCCACCCAGAACUGGUGUGCAAAGUGCAACCUCUCCUUUCAUAUGACCUCGGACCUGGUUUUUCAUAUGCGGUCCCACCACAAAAAGGAACAUGCAGGGCCUGACCUACAUUCUAAGAAGCUGCCAGAAGAGGCACUCACAUGCCCCAUUUGUCAUGAGUAUUUCCGGGAACGCCACCAUCUCUCUCGGCACAUGACUUCUCACAGUUAACAGGUGGCUGUGGAACAAAUCUCUAAGUACAGUGUCCACCAUUUGGCAAGGGCAAAGAAAUGGUUUGCCAGGGCUUCCUUUGAAAAGACAAUUUGCAGUUGUCUGUGAGGUUGUCUGCAAUGGACUGCCUAGAUGAACAGCUCAGUCAUAAUUAGCAAAAGUGUUUGGUUAUGAUAUGCUUUGAAAUAAAUAAAGUAAUGAAAUAAAAUUAUGCAUUUUGCUAACCGAGGAUAUUGGGGCUACUAGGUGAAGGAGCCAGGGAAACGAGGAAGUGAUUGUUCUCAAAGUGAUUGUUCUCAACUUUAGCUGCUCGAUCGACCAUAAGGACAGGGUGCACUUAAAGGAGGUACAGAGCUGAUUGUGUUAAGUCAGCUCCUGGAACGCCAAGUGGGGGGGGCGGGUAAAAAGACCACAACCACAGCAUGAGGUUUAAGAGCCAAUCAGCCAUACUAUCACGAGCUGUCCACGAGCUCUAGUAACCAGUCCUUGGUCAGAUCACGCACCUUGGUAUAGCCCCUGAGCCAAUAGCUAACUGCCACCUUCUGCUUCUGGAAGUUGCUUGCUUGCUCGCUUCUCUAAGAACCCUAGUCUGUAGGCGUUUGGGGCGACUCUCAUUUGCAGCCAUUUUGGCACUCGUGUGUCUCCGGAGGCACCCCGAGAGUUCGCCCCUGCGCAGGUAAAACUUUGAAAUUUUGGCCAAUAAAACACCUCUGACUACCCAGCAGUCUCCGACCCUUCUUGCUCCGGCGAGGGACGGGAUGUA